CCCAUCCCCCUGAUGCACCCUCCGCGGGAAGCAGUCCCACUUUCAUUCACCUCGGUGGGCAGAGACUGGCCGCGUGCGAGAGAGAUGGCUUCGCCGAGGACAAUAACUAUCGUGGCCCUUUCUUUCGCUCUUGGUUUAUUUUUUGUCUUCAUGGGGACGAUUAAGCUCACCCCGAGACUCAGCAAAGAUGCCUACAGCGAAAUGAAAAGAGCAUACAAGAGCUAUGCCAAGGCGUUGCCAGGCCUGAAAAAAAUUGGGAUCAGCUCAGUGCUGCUUCGUAAGAUCAUCGGCUCCCUGGAAGUGGGCUGUGGAGUGGUGCUGACCUUAGUGCCGGGGCGGCCGAAGGACGUCGCCAACUUUCUGCUCCUGCUGGUCAUGCUGGCCGUCCUGUUCUUUCACCAGCUAGUGGGCGACCCCCUCAAACGGUACGCCCACGCUCUAGUCUUUGGCAUUCUGCUCACCUGCCGACUGCUGAUCGCCCGCCAGAGCGAUGACCGGCCCGAGCGCGAGGACAACAGAGAGGAACAGCACAUCAACGAUCAGGAAAAGAACAAGGUCAAGCAGUCGUAAGACCUUCCACCUCAAGCCAAGCAACACUGAAGGGAAUCUGGUGCGCUGCUGUGGAUUGCAGUAAUCAAAAUAUGGAAGGGAACACACACAAGUAAUAAUUCCCCCUUACACACAUCCUCUGUCCCGUCCAGCUGGCUGACUUGACAACUCCCACCGUCUCCUCUGUACUCCUACUGUGAAACUGAGAACUCUGACCCAAAGGUUCUCUACAUAACCGUGGACAAUCAUAUCUGUGGACACCGAUGAACUCAGCCCAUUGUCACAUUAGUCAACCCGGUUCCCCGUUUAUUUCAGUCCCACACUGUGUUCAAUGGGUUUUACUCCAAUACAAAUGAAUUUUGUUAAGAGUUGAUUUGAGAAUGCUGUUCAUCACGAGUCUUUGUAAUUUGUUUUUAUACUGUAAGAGAGAUUGAAAAUACAUGUCAAGCAUGUUUAAUUUAGUGCAGAUCAUAACCAAAAUGAGUAAUGUAGGAAGAAUUUUAUGCCAAUUACACAUCAGUUAGUUUUGCAUAUGUGUGCUAUUUUGGUGCAGUGAUACCAUACGACUUCUUUAUAGAUGAAAAAAGCAAAAAAUCCAGAAAUGUCAUUUUCAGGAAAAAUGGGGAUGUUCACGUUGUUUUCUUCCUAAGUAAAAUGAACUGAAUAUCCUCCAAAUCCUUUCGAUUUAAUUGCCACAGUUAAGUUGUUCAGAUAGAGGUCAGCAGUGGCUCCUGCUAGCUUCAACAGCAGAACAGAUGUAUCUUAUUUUUCCUGCCGAUAUUUGAUUUUACAUUCUUUUCACAUUUUACGUCUUGUUCAUGCUUUUGUUUUAAUUUUCCUUAAGUCAUAUGAAAGACGUUCCUACUGUUGUUGAAAAUGCUGUCAAUUAUUUCUGUAAACGAUGUACUUAAAAUAAACAACCGAAAGUGAUCCU